AUGGGGACGUGUCCAGAGGAUCGUUACGAAUCUGUGCUUGCUUCACGAUAUUGCAAGCGUAGCCCUCUGAUUGAAAUCCUCUCCGAAAGGAAUAAGACGAUUCUAUGGCGACAGCUAUGGAUAUGGCUUGCUGAGUCGGAGAUGGAACUGGGCCUGAAACAGAUUACCCCUCAAGCGAUUGAAGAGAUGAAAAAAAUGCGCGACAAUAUUGACUGGCAGAAAAUUCGCGAUGAAGAGCGACGUCUAAAACACGAUGUAAUGGCACACAAUCACGCAUUUGGUGCGAUAUGCCCUAAUGCCGCUGGAAUUAUUCAUCUAGGAGCUACAUCUUGUUUUGUUCAAGAUAACGCUGAUCUCAUCGUGAUCCGUGACUGUGUAAAGCAUCUUUUGUGCAGGAUUGCCACAGUGCUCGACAGAAUGGCAGCGUUUGCUGAGCGUGAGAAAUCGCAUGUGACUGUUGGACGAACACACUAUCAAACCGCAUCUUUGGUUACAGUAGGGAAAAGGGCUGCACUCUGGGCACAGGAACUCCUUAUGGCGUUUAAGCAGUUGGAGCACUUUCACAAUACAAUGAAAUUUCGUGGAAUAAAAGGAGCUACUGGAACUCAGGACUCUUUUUUGACACUUUUCGCUGGGGACGAGGAGAAGGUGGAAAAGCUAGAUGAAUUAGUCACCAAAAAGGCAGGCUUCACUCACAAGUUCUUUAUUUCUGGGCAGACAUACUCUAGGCAACAGGAUGUUCAUCUUAUUUGUGCACUUGCGGUUAUUGGCUCCUCCGUAAAGAAAAUAUGUACUGAUAUAAGAGUCCUGCAAGCUAUGGGAGAGCUUCUGGAACCAUUUGAGAAAGAUCAAAUUGGGUCUUCCGCGAUGCCUUACAAAAAGAAUCCGAUGAAAAGUGAACGAUGUUGCUCUCUUGCCAGGAAGCUCAUACAUAUGCCACAGGAAGCGUUAAGCAUAUUGAGUGAUCAAGGAUUAGAACGCACUCUAGAUGACUCAGCCGGACGCAGGAUGUUGUUGCCAGAUUCGUUACUCUCUACUGAAGCAAUGCUUACAACUCUUCAAAACAUCUUCGAAGGACUAACCGUCCAGAGUGAAAACGUCGCUCGUGUGGUUCGAGAAGAGUUGCCCUUUCUAGGACUAGAGAAAGCCAUGAUGCUACUAACCGAAGAAGGUGUUGACAGACAACAGGCUCAUGCAAUGAUUCGUACCACAGCCCUUGAAGCAAAGAAACGACAAAGUACCGAAGUCGUGCGUAUGGAGGAUAUACUGAGUGAUCCAUUCUUUGAUUCGGUUCGCGAUCGUGUCAUGGCCAUAGUGGGCGAGCCGCUUAAUUUCACUGGCCGUUGUGAGUCACAAACGAUGCGCUUCCUCACACAAGAACUUCGUCCUGCUAUUGCACCAUAUUUCGAUCCUAGUGCUACUUGUGUUCAACUAGAUGUCUAA